GCUAAAAUCGUAUUCUACCUUAUCUUCUUGCUUUUAUUCGGUUUUACCCCAAGAAUUUGUAGUAAACACUUUUAAGUCCCAAAAAGUAUUCACCAAAGGACUUGCACCUAGCUUGUUUGUAUAUAGCUCUGUACCAUAUGGGGGAGAAACCGCAGCAGUGAAUACUUCUGCCGAAUUUUGGCUAAGCAGUUCAGGAACUACAUCCAUAUCAAAAAAGUGUAAUUUCAUGAAACCAUGUAGUUCCUCUCCUUCCUACACAUUAUUAAAAGAAAAAAUUAAAAAAGCCCCUCUACAAACUAACAUUUUGAAAAAUGGAUAUAGAUCCAUGUUAUUUAAUAAUCACGUGUCAUGCAAAAACGACAAGAUAUUGUUAAUGUCAUCGCGGUUCAUCUCGACACCAUCAUCUUCCUUAAUAGUGUCGCGAUGCAAAAGAACAUUUUUUGUAACGCGUCGAUUAUAUUUGACUGCGGAAAAUAUCGAGACACGUCCUACCAAAGAGGAACUGCUCGCAAAUGCUAAUGGUUUUUUUGAUCGUAUAAUGAUUCGAAUCAAGCUUCUGUUAAUGAGACAAGUCCGUCCUUUUACAAUGGAAGACAUCAUGGCUUUGUUUUCUUGGGUGUUUGUGGGUAAUACAUUGUUUAUAGUGAUUGGGACUACGACAUUUGUUAGUCUUAUAUUAGCAACGGCUAACACUCUCCAAUUUCAAGAAUUCAUUGCGAGACAGAUCGGAAAUUAUCUUACUAGAGAAACUGGAAUUACGGUAAUAUUUGAGUCUGCCAUUGUACCACAUUGGAAAGACGGCAAAAUUAGAUUAAAGAAUGUUUCUGUAAAAAGACUUCCAACGAAAGAUUAUCAACUUCCGAGUCAUCUCGCAUUUGCAGAAUCGGAGGAGGAGAUUGAUACAAAUUUUUCAAUGUUUGAUUUGACCAUUGAAAUGAUUGAUGUUGAAUUAUCUUUUGUGAGGUGGUGGGAUGGCAAAGGUUUAGUAAAAAAGGCAACGAUGAAGGGUAUCCGUGGCGUGAUAGAUCGUAGCAAUGUAUAUUGGGAUCCAUCUAUUCCUUAUAUUCCAUCAGAGUGGCGCCGAAAGCCACAGAAUGGAGAUUUCGAACUUGAAUCAUUUCUAGUAGAAGAUUUAUUAAUCACUGUUUAUCAACCAGAAAGCUUUCGCCCAUACAAUGUUUCUAUCUUCACGGCUGAUCUUCGACAACUUAGAAAACAAUGGCUCUUAUACGAUAUCUUAAGUGCGGAAAAUAUUGUUGGGAUGUUUGAUAAUUGCUUGUUUAGCGUUCAUCGGCCACAAAUGCAAAAAACUACCACCGAUCAAGAUUUAAAAGCCUCCAAUAUUAAGAAAAAGUCUUCAUUUCGAAUUGAUGGUCUAAAUAUUGAUCAUCUCAACAAUGGGGUUGCUGGUCCUUUUGGUUGGAUUACAUCCGGUACAGCGGAUAUUCGCGUAGAUGUAAUGUUUCCAAUUGAACCCGAUAACGAUCCCAUUACAAAAAUAGUCAAUGAUAUUGUGGAUAAAAUCGAUGACGUGGUAGUUCAACAACGUGCAUUCUCAUUCGUACGCAAUCAUGGGGUUAAUCUUGAAUCUAGCGUGCCAUUAAUGACGCCAGAUUUAUCUUAUAUGAAUUCUGCAUUGAUAAGACCAAUAGUCGCUUACAUGAAUAACAAUAAAACAGUCAUAACGAUACAGGGUUCAAUUGCAAAACCAUUGAGCGAUUUUGAUGGAUCGUGGACUUUAUAUGAUUGUGGUUUAGUCGAUGACUUUUCAACUGAGAUUGGUAAAGGAUUUGCUAAUCUUACAAGGAAUGCGCAAAAACGUAAUCGACAACUGAAACGCGUUGGAUUGUGGGGAUUACAAUCAAUGACUAAAAAUAUUGCAAAUAUUUGGGAUUAUGCUACGGGACAUCGAGGUUUUUGGCAUUAUAUGGGAACUAUGCCCAUAUAA